GAAAGAUAUUGGUUAUGAGUUAAUUUGGGUGGUGUGUAACACUUGACCGGGCAACCGAACUUCCAAAAAAACCGACCCCUCGUCGGCAAAGCUAAUCUCUCUCUCUCUCUCCACUGACACUGUAACAGUAGGCUUACACGCAGGCAUCACCAAAUGCACAAACACAACCCUUAAUUCCCCCAUUUUUCUGAUUUAGGUUUCUUUCUCUUCGACAAGGAUAUGAGCAGAGAGAAAGAGGGGCCGCCGGAACCCCUUGAUUUCUUCAUUUGGACUGUUGAGGAUGUUGGCCUGUGGUUGGAAGAGAUAAAUCUCGGUAGCUAUCGCCACAUUUUCAAGGAAAACGGGGUCAAUGGAGAGUAUUUGGAAGGGAUGUCGAUGUUCACGACCGAGCAGAUCUUGCGGUUCAUAAGGAAGUGCCACAUGAAGUGGGGAGAUUUCAUUACCUUGUGCAAGGAACUGAGGCGAAUAAAAGUGGCUUGCUUGAAAGGGGAGCAAAAAGUACGACGGCCCUGGUGGGCCCCACGAUGUCUUUUCAUCAAGGCUGCAAAGCACAACAGGCAAUCUCGAGUUGUUUCCUUGAAGGUGGAACCUUGAUGUAGAUUUUGCUCCUGUAAAUCUACUUGGAUUUGUAGAUCCAUGUGGAGAAAAAAGAAAAAAACAGAAACUAGCAAUAGUGAAAGAAUACGCCUAUAUAUAUGUAUGGUUUGGUUUUGUUUUUGUUUUUUGGGAUUUUGUGGGUUCUUUCUUCUUUGAAGAACCUUGUGCUUGUCUAAGUAAGUUGUUUCUGGAUAAUGUUAAAGUUUCUCCUGUUCUCUUUUUCCUUGGGUUUUGUUAUGUAACAGCAUAUAAUUUUGUUCGAAUGGAUGCAUGACAUUGUGAUUGAUAUGUAAAUUUGUGAUACUGUAGUUCUUAAAAA